AUGAGUGGACUUACAGCAUUUUUGCAGACCGAGCUGUUGACUUUGUCGAGUGAAGCAAGACGAAAGCAUCCCGAGAUUAAAGAGGCAGCUGAACGUCUAAGUGUUAUAUUAAGAAGUUUUAAAGAGAGGCCUGGAUACAGCAUUGCAAACGAACUUGCAAAGACAGAAGAUGCUUUACGUCCCUUUGUAUUAGCCUGCGAAACAAAGCAAGUUAAACUUGUUACCAUUGCUAUUGGAUGUAUACAAAAACUGAUAUCAUUUCAUGCGAUUCCUGAGACGUCAGUGAGAACCAUCUUAAGAACAUUGACUGAUAUCAGCACACAUGGCGUAGAGAUUCAACUAAAGAUAUUGCAGACAGUAUUGCCUCUACUCAACAAUUAUAGAAGUGUGCAUGAUGAUAUUCUAGCUGAGGCACUUUUGAUUUGCUUUCGCUUGCAAGACUCAAAGAUUGUCGUUGUCAACAACACAGCAGCAGCGACUCUACGUCAAUUAGUUAUCUUUGUAUUUGAUAAGGUAGCCAAGGAGGACAGCCAGCAACAAGCAGCCACCGAUGCCACAAAAGAAGUAGAGAUCAGCACUGGAGAAAAGAUCCAACUACAUCCCUGCGCCAAGGAUGCUUACUACUUGUUCAGAGACCUCUGCUUACUGACAAAUGGCGAUCAUCCACAAUACCUUCGUUUGAACCACUUGUCAAAGACGUUUGGAUUGGAAUUGAUUGAAAGUGUACUCUCCAACCACUAUAAGCUAUUUCGAGAGCACAAUGAAUUGAGCUCUAUUUUGAAAGAGCUCGUGUGCCCCAUGUUUAUCAAGAACUUUUCUGAAAAGAGCGAAUUUCCACAAACAAUGCGACUCACUCGAGUGGUUUCCAUCCUCAUCAAGAAGUUCAAUGAAAUUCUGGUCAUGGAAUGCGAGAUAUUCCUGUCCAUGUUUGUCAAGAUUUUGGAGCCUGAGAAUCCACUAUGGCUGCGAGUAUUGGCGAUGGAGAUAUUUAAGGGCGUCUGCAGCGAUGCUCAAUUGACGAGUUCGAUUUACAAGUGGUAUGACGGACAGGACAACAGCUCCACCAACGUGUUCCGUGAUAUGAUUACGGGCUUUGGAAGAUUGGCCACUGAGAAGCCUCAGUCCAUUGGAGCAAAUCAGGGCGGAAGAGAUAGCUUUGAGUACAGUGGAGGCGGCGGAGGCGGAGGAUCAGGAAAUGCAGGAUAUCAUCUAUCAGCACAUUCAAAUCAUAGCUCGUCCAGUGGAUUAGAAAGCGGCCUCAGCACAGCCAACUCGACUAUGCGUAUUCAGUGCAUUGAUCAGUUGGAUAAGGCAGAUCCCCCGGCGAUACCUGACACCUAUAUAUUUUACCUGGCUUUGGUGUGCCUCAACUCAAUUGCAGAUGGAUUAGCAGGAUUCGCAUUAUCCAAUUUCUCGCCUGGCUCAGUCAUCAAGCAAAAGCAGGAGGAAAAGGAGGACAAGGAUGUCAAGGUGGUAACAGACAUGGCGAACGUUGCUUGGCCUGGCUUACUCGCUGCCAUGUCGUUCUAUCUCACUGCCAAUCUCGACGAAGAACUAUUCCAAAGCACCAUGCGAUCCUAUCAAAACUUCACCAAUGUAUGUGGUGUGCUGGAUCUGGUGACACCUCGGGACGCCUUCUUGACCAACUUGUGUAAGAACUCGAUUCCUAUCAUACCUUUAUUAUCGUCUGGAUUCAUCUCUUCAGCAUCCAACAAUGCAACCUCAAAACUACUCAACAACAACAUGAGCAGCACAAGUAUUGGCACAGUAUCGUCUGCGGUGGCUUCAGUGAACCAGGCAGCAGUUGCAUUUGCAGAUCUCCCCAUACAGCAGCAACAAGCCUUGUCAAACAUCACCUUGAACGAGAAGAACUUGUACAGCUUGCGUGUGUUGUUGAAUAUCACCAUGUUCUUGAGCAGUGUGUUGGGAUCCUCGUGGUAUCUAGUAUUGGAGACAUUGCAGCUUGCUGAUUUCUUGUUGUUCAAUCGACCCACGCCAAAAGGAUCAUCAGCAGGCGCAGGCGGCAGUGGUGGCAGUGGUUCCGCUGGUACCCCUAGUGUUAAUCCAGUGACACCUCUCACCAACAGCCUAAGAAGAACGAUUACGGGGUCUUCGAAUACAUCUGCUAGUAACCAACAAACAAACAACCAGAUGAUGGACGCAGAUCAUCUCACAAUCAUCAGCGCUUCUUUCCAGAGAUUGUUUGAUAAUAGCAAGUAUUUAGACGACGAUUCUUUCAUUGCGUUUUCCUCUGCCUUGUGUCGCAUGAGCUCUGAAGUGAGUGGCACUCCAUUCAUUGACCAGGCAUCAUCCCUGCUAACCAGCAACAAAGCCUCCAAACCAAAAAUCUUUAAUACCAGAUCAUUCGCCAUUGACAAACUAGAAUACAUUGCUACCUUGGACAUGGAUCGACUCAUCAACACGCAGAAGGAAUCCUCUUCCAAGAUUUGGGACAUUAUCAUGACUCAUCUGAUUGCCACUGCUAACUAUCCACUGACGCCAGCACCCAUCCGUGCGCAGUGCUGCGAGACUAUUUCCACCAUCAUCAUCAUUGCCAUGAACCAUGUGCUUUCCGAGUACAACAAGGUCAAUGAAAGCACUCAAAAUCGACUGCUAUUGGCGUUGAACCAGUGCAUCAACUACACACCACCAGCCAAUGAAGAAGCAUUGAUCCAAGAGACAUUGGCUAGCAACCCUAAGGCAUUCAGUGAAGUGCAAAAGAUGGGCCUGGAGACAUUAAACAAUCUGCUGCAAACAUCUGGACAUUCAUUUACCUGUGGAUGGGGCCUGAUUCUGGACAUGUUGCGACAUGUUGCCGUAUGUGCCAUAGGACCUCCCUCUGCAAGCGCUGAUGUGGACAACCAACAAGCCGACGACAAUGACGAGGAAACACCUGUUGCUAGCCCUGAGAUCAAGACCAACGAACGAUCCAGCAUUGAUACCACUGCUUCUUCUAUCAUGGCAGGUAGCAUCAUGGCUACUGCUGGGCCCAAGUCAGCCACUGGAUUGAUCAAGGUCGCCUUUUCUAGUCUUCAAUUGAUCUGCACUGAUUUUCUGUCGCUCUUGUCACCAGAUUGCUUGCGUCAAUGUAUUGCUACACUAGGCUCUUUUGGCAUGCAGAGUGACGAUCUCAACAUCAGCUUGACAGCAGUUGGACUGCUAUGGAAUCUGUCAGACUUCAUUCAAACCAGGCGCAUUGAUCUCGGCAAAGAAAGCACGCAAGCAGAAGAAAAGAUCGAUAAAGAAAGCAUCAACAUUGAUCUGGCCCUCAGCAACGAAGACGACAGUAACCCCAAGACAUACAGCAUCUUAUGGAUGCUCCUGUUGCUCCAGCUAUCACACACUUGCAUUGACUGGCGUCCUGAGGUGCGCAAUGGUGCUAAUCAAACUUUGUUUAGAACGAUUACCAUGAAUGGCCAUGUACUGGGUCCACAUCUGUGGAAUGCCUGUAUUUGGGAGGUGCUGUUUCCCUUGUUAGACUCUAUCAAAAUGUCGUCUAUCCGUGCCUCAAAGAUGUCCCUCAGCAAAGCAUCUUCGCCUUCUGUCAACGACCGUGAUUCAUCAGGAUUCAUGCUGCACCACUCGAGAGACACAGCUGACAAGCAAUGGGAUGAGACCAAGGUGCUGAUUCUCACUGGCAUCUCAAGCAUAUUCCAAGACUUUUUGCAAGACUUGCAUGGACUGGAGCACUUCCAGCGUGCAUUUACGCUUCUGUUGGCUCAUUUAGAGGACUCAUGUCUUCGCUCCAGCCAAGAAGUAUCGCUUGCAAGCAUCAAGAGCUUCAAAGCGAUUGUUACGAUUGACCCCAACUUUAAAGACACUGCCAAGCUGAUGGAUCUGUGGCGAAGAGCGUGGAAUACAUGGCAAAUCAUUGGAAGAGGCAUCAGCCAGUCCAUGGAAGGAAACAAGGGCGAUAUUACUUAUGAUAGCAGCAACAGCAAGAACUGGCUGGCAGAUGACGACGCCAAACUCCAAUCACUGACACUCUCACUAUCGUCUUCCAGCGUGGCACCCAUUUCUGACGAUUUUACCCAAGAUGCCUUGACAUCCUUUGUCACCUUGUUUACCGAUCUCUACAAACUCAUCUCACGCAACUUUACGCUGGAAGAUGUCAGUUCACUUCUGAGUGUGCUACGCAACGUGCUGGUGUAUUCUACGAGCCCUCAAUACCGACCAGACGUAGAUCACGUCUCACCCUUGCAGGAAGCAGUGCUGGAAGCUGUGCAGACACUGGAUAUGAAUACAGACGGCGUGCCUCCUUUAGUGCUAGCAGACCUAGCAGAAUACAUGACGCUUGCAUUUCUCAGUCCUCCUGAAGAUGGUCAGAAUAAGAAUCGUGGUUACAUCCCACCAAGCCAACGCAAGUUUUCUACUGUCACUUACAUUGCACUCAACAAAAAGUGCAACACCUUGGUUGCCACUCUGUUUCAAGCGCAUGUUAAUGUACUGUCACUGUACACAGAGGGUGUUUUCGAACGUAUCAUUGGCGCUUAUGGCUUGCCCAUGAAGCUGAAGUACGAUUGCCCUCCUUCAUUCAAACAUGGUGACGAUAAAACGCCCUUAUGGAAAUUGGCUACCACGGGUCUUUUGGAGGUGUUGAAGCCUGGAUUAGAGACAUUGGAGGCGUUUGGAGAAGAUGUCCCCACCGAGAGAUUCUGUGGCGUUUGGCGCACACUUGUAGAUAUUUUAGAAGGAAGUCUCUUGUCGCCUAGUUCGCCUCCUGAAAGCAUGAAGAUCGAAGAGCUGGACGUGGACGAGCACUUUGAUAUUUCAGUCCUCAGUGUCAUACAAAACGACAUUGUGGUUCAUAUGGGGCAACCGACAGUUCCUCUUGAAGUGAUUGAGAAGCUGGUAUCUGUGAUUCGAGAAAGCUCUCGACUCUAUUACAUUGAGGACACCAAUGAUAGAUCAAGCGAUAUUGCAGGCACCACAGGUACCAUUGUGCCUGUCAUGAAAGAGUCGUUUGCUUAUGCAUCAUUCAUGACGUUAUUUUCACUCUGUUCCUGCGAGAAACAAGACUUCCCAGAGGUGCGCAAGAGAAUAGCUAAAGUAGUGUUUCCCGUGUUACUCGAGCGAUGUGAGACCAUUCUUCGAAAUUAUACUGCAGAUGAACCUUUACUAGGACGAUGCCCGUUCCCCAGAGUGCGUAAAGAGGAGAUACUGUUUCUUUUAAAACAAUCAAUUCAGCUGAAAUUGCAAGAAGACAUCAUGACUCUCAAUGAUGAUGAUGGCAGUAACGCUGUGAAACAAAUGCUUUUGUCUGGACCAAGAGCACAUUUAUUCUAUUUGUAUCCUUCUCUGUGUAGUAUGAUUACAUGCCAAGAUGAUGUAGUUGUUGGUUUGAUUAAAGAAUGCCUGCAGGUGGUGGGCUCAGAAAUGGGACUCUUCUAG